CCCACUGGCUCCGGGCGGGGGCGCGAGGCGCCAGUCCCGCCUUCCCGGCAUGCACCGCCCCGCGCCCCUCCCUCCCCGCCCACCCGGCGACCCUCGAGGCCCCGCCCCCCGCAGGGCGCGCGCCGCGGGCACGAGCACGAGGCAGCCGGCUCAGGGGGCGCGCUUCGGGGGGCGCGCGCAGGGCGGAGGAGCGGCUCGGGGGCGGUGGCAGAGGCCGGGGAGGGGCUUCCUCGGCGGCCUGACCCCACCCCCCCGCCGCCGACCCCACCCCCUGCGCCUUCCUCCGCGGGCGCGCGCUCGAGCCCGCGCUCGGAAGUCGGGGGUCGGCGGCGGCGCGGAGUUGAAGGGCUGCGAGCCGGGGGGCCAGGCGGACGCGCGGGGAAGCGGGCGGCGAGCGCACAGGCUUGGCCGGGGCUGCCCAGCGGCCAGUCUCUCCGCUCCUCCCGUCCAGAGUCGGCCCCGGGGUCGAGCGGCCUCCGGAGCAGCGGCGGCGGCGGUGCGGGGUGCGGGCCCGGCUCGGGCGGCGGCGGCAUGCGGGGCGGCGAGCGGGCGCGGCUGUGGCCGCUGUGGGCCGUGCUGGCGGCGGCGGCGGCGGGCUGCGCGCGGGCGGCCAUGGACGAGUGCGCGGACGAGCACGGGUGGCCGCAGCGCUGCAUGCCGGAGUUCGUCAACGCCGCCUUCAACGUGAGCGUGGCGGCCACCAACACGUGCGGGACGCCGCCCGAGGAGUACUGCGUGCAGACCGGGGUCACCGGGGUCACCAAGUCCUGUCACCUGUGCGACGCCGGCCAGCCCCACCUGCAGCACGGGCCCUCCUUCCUGACCGACUACAACAACCAGGCCGACACCACCUGGUGGCAGAGCCAGACCAUGCUGGCCGGGGUGCAGUACCCCAACUCCAUCAACCUCACGCUGCACCUGGGAAAAGCCUUUGACAUCACGUACGUGCGCCUCAAGUUCCACACCAGCCGCCCCGAGAGCUUUGCCAUCUACAAGCGCACACGGGAGGAUGGGCCCUGGACACCAUACCAGUACUACAGCGGCUCCUGUGAGAACACCUACUCUAAGGCCAACCGUGGCUUUAUCAGGACAGGGGAUGAUGAACAGCAGGCCCUGUGCACUGAUGAGUUCAGUGACAUCUCCCCACUCACUGGAGGCAACGUGGCCUUUUCCACCCUGGAGGGAAGGCCUAGUGCCUACAAUUUCGACAAUAGUCCUGUGCUACAGGAAUGGGUAACUGCCACAGACAUCAGAGUCACUCUCAACCGCCUGAACACCUUUGGAGAUGAAGUGUUCAAUGACCCCAAGGUUCUCAAGUCUUAUUACUAUGCAAUCUCGGAUUUUGCUGUGGGUGGCAGGUGUAAGUGCAACGGGCAUGCAAGCGAGUGUGUAAAGAAUGAAUUUGGCAAGCUGGCAUGUAACUGCAAGCACAACACAUUUGGUGUGGACUGUGAGAAGUGCCUUCCCUUCUUCAACGACCGUCCCUGGAGGCGGGCAACUGCAGAGAGUGCCAGCGAGUGCCUGUCCUGCAACUGCAACGGCCGGUCCCAGGAAUGCUACUUCGACCCUGAACUGUAUCGUUCUACCGGCCAUGGGGGCCACUGCACCAACUGCCAGGACAAUACUGAUGGACCCAACUGUGAGAGGUGCCGGGAGAAUUUUUUCCGCCUUGGGAAUAAUGAAGCCUGCUCUCCUUGCCACUGUAGUCCUGUGGGUUCUAUGAGUACACAGUGUGAUAGUUAUGGCAGAUGUAGCUGUAAGCCAGGAGUGAUGGGUGACAAGUGUGACCGCUGCCAGCCUGGGUAUCAUUCUCUCACUGAAGCAGGAUGCAGGCCAUGUGCUUGUAAUCCUUCUGGCAGCAUUGAUGAGUGCAAUGUUGAAACAGGAAGAUGUGUUUGUAAAGAAAAUGUGGAAGGCUUCAACUGUGAGAGAUGCAAACCUGGAUUUUUUAACCUGGAACCAUCUAACCCAAAGGGUUGCACACCCUGCUUCUGCUUCGGGCACUCUUCUGUCUGCACAAACGCUGUGGGCUACAGUGUUUACCCUAUAACUUCUACCUUUCAGUUUGACGAGGAUGGCUGGCAUGCAGAGCAAAGGGAUGGCUCAGAAGCAUCACUUGAGUGGUCCUUGGAGCGUCAAGAUAUCGCUGUAAUCUCUGAUAGUUACUUUCCUAGGUACUUCAUUGCUCCUGCCAAGUUCUUGGGCAAGCAGGUGUUGAGUUAUGGCCAGAACUUCUCCUUCUCCUUCCGAGUGGACAGGCGAGACACACGCCUCUCUGCAGAAGACCUGGUGCUCGAAGGGGCUGGCCAGAGAGUGUCUGUGCCCUUGAUCGCUCAGGGCAACUCAUAUCCCAGUGAGACUACUGUGAAAUAUGUCUUCAGACUCCACGAAGCAACUGAUUACCCUUGGAGGCCAACUCUCACCCCUUUCGAAUUUCAGAAACUCCUGAACAAUUUGACCUCAAUUAAGAUUCGAGGGACUUACAGUGAAAGAAGUGCUGGCUAUUUGGAUGAUGUCACCCUGACAAGUGCCCAGCCUGGGCCUGGGGUCCCUGCUACGUGGGUAGAGGCCUGCACAUGUCCGGUGGGAUAUGGAGGGCAGUUUUGUGAGACAUGCCUCCCAGGGUACAGAAGAGAAACCCCAAGUCUCGGGCCAUACAGUCCAUGUGUGCUUUGUUCCUGCAAUGGACACAGUGAGACCUGUGACCCAGAAACAGGGGUGUGCAACUGCAGGGACAACACUGCUGGUCCCAACUGUGAGAAGUGCAGCGAUGGAUACUAUGGUGAUUCGACUGCUGGCACCUCCUCAGACUGCCAGCCCUGUCCGUGUCCUGGGGGCUCAAGCUGCGCCAUUGUUCCAAAGACAAAGGAGGUGGUGUGCACCAACUGCCCUAUGGGCACCACAGGCAAACGCUGUGAGCUCUGUGAUGAUGGCUACUUUGGGGACCCUCUGGGCAGGAAUGGCCCUGUGAGGCUAUGCCGCCCAUGCCAGUGUAAUGACAACAUUGACCCCAAUGCUGUGGGGAACUGCCACCGCCUGACAGGAGAAUGUCUGAAAUGCAUCUACAACACGGCUGGUUUCUAUUGUGACCGCUGCAAAGAGGGGUUCUUUGGAAACCCUCUGGCUCCAGUUCCGGCUGAUAAAUGCAAAGCCUGUAACUGCAAUCCCUAUGGGACCAUCAGGCAGCAGAGUGACUGCAACCCGGUGACGGGGCAGUGCGAGUGCCUGCCUCACGUGAGUGGCCGCGACUGUGGGGCUUGUGAGCCUGGAUUCUACAACCUGCAGAGUGGGCAGGGCUGUGAGAGGUGUAACUGCCAUGCCUUGGGUUCCACGAAUGGGCAGUGUGACAUCCGCACUGGCCAGUGUGAGUGCCAGCCCGGCAUCACGGGUCAGCACUGUGAACGCUGUGAGGUCAACCACUUUGGGUUUGGACCCGAAGGCUGCAAACCCUGUGACUGCCAUCCCGAGGGGUCACUCUCGCUCCAGUGCAAAGACAAUGGACGCUGUGAGUGCAGGGAGGGCUUUGUGGGAAGCCGCUGCGACCAGUGUGAAGAGAACUACUUCUACAACCGGUCUUGGCCUGGGUGUCAGGAAUGCCCAGCAUGCUACCGACUGGUGAAGGACAAGGUUGCUGAACAUCGAGUGAAGCUCCAAGAAUUAGAGAAUCUCAUUGCAAACCUUGGAACUGAGGGCGAGGUAGUGACGGAUCAAGCCUUCGAGGACAGACUAAAGGAAGCAGAGAGAGAGGUUAUGGCUCUUCUUCAAGAGGCCCAGGAAGUUAAAGAUGUGGAUCAGAACUUGAUGGAUCGCCUCCAGAGAGUGAACAACACUCUAUCCAGCCAGAUCAGCCGUCUGCAGAACAUUCGGAAUACCAUUCAGGAGACUGGAAACCUGGCAGAACAAGCACGCGCCCGGGUGGAAAGCACAGAGCAGUUGAUUGAAAUUGCGUCCGGAGAACUGGAGAAGGCCAAGAUAGCUGUGGCCAACGUGUCAAUUACUCAGCCUGACUCUACAGGCGACCCAAACAACAUGACUCUUUUGGCAGAAGAGGCUCGAAGGCUUGCUGAACGUCACAAGCAAGAAGCUGAUGACAUUGUACGAGUGGCAACCACAGCCAGUGACACAUCCACUGAAGCAUACAAUCUGCUUUUGAAGACGUUGGCAGGAGAAAAUCACACAGCACUGGAAAUUGAAGAGCUUAAUCGAAAGUAUGAACAAGCAAAGAACAUCUCACAAGAGCUAGAAAAGCAGGCUGCCCGGGUACAUGAGGAGGCCAAAAGGGCUGGAGAUAAAGCUGUGGAAAUCUAUGCCAGCGUCGCUCAGCUGACUCCUGUGGACUCAGAAGCUCUAGAGAAUGAGGCAAAUAAAAUAAAGAAGGAAGCUGAGGAUCUGGAUCGACUCAUUGACCAGAAGUUAAAAGAUUACGAUGACCUCAGGGAAGACAUGAGAGGGAAGGAACUGGAAGUAAAGAAGCUUCUGGAGAAAGGAAAGACAGAACAGCAGACUGCUGACCAACUCCUUGCCCGUGCUGAUGCUGCCAAAGCUCUUGCUGAAGAAGCUGCUAAAAAAGGACGAAACACCUUACAGGAAGCCAAUGACAUCCUCAGCAACUUGAAAGAUUUUGAUCGGCGAGUGAAUGACAACAAGACAGCAGCAGAGGAAGCUCUGAGGAGAAUUCCUGCUAUCAACCAGACCAUAAUCGAAGCCAAUGAAAAGACAAGGGAAGCUCAGCUUGCUCUGGGCAAUGCAGCUGCAGAUGCCACUGAGGCCAAGAACAAGGCCCAUGAGGCUGAGCGCAUUGCCAGUGCUGUCCAGAAGAAUGCUACCAGCACCAAGGCAGAGGCUGAAAGGACUUUUGCAGAAGUUACUGAUCUGGACAGUGAGGUGAACAAUAUGUUGAAACAGCUGGAGGAAGCAGAAAAGGAGCUGAGGAGAAAGCAAGAGGAUGCCGACCAGGACAUGAUGAUGGCAGGGAUGGCCUCCCAGGCUGCUCAGGAAGCUGAAAUCAAUGCCCGAAAGGCCAAAAACUCAGUCACUAACCUCCUCAAACUUAUCAAUGAGCUGUUGGAGCAAUUGGGACAUCUGGAUACAGUGGACCUGAACAAGCUCAGUGAAAUCGAAGGCACCCUGCACAAAGCCAAGGAUGAAAUGAAAGUCAGUGACCUGGACAGGAAAGUGUCGGACCUAGAGAAUGAAGCCAGGAAGCAAGAGGCUGCCAUCUUGGACUAUAACCGAGACAUUGAGGAGAUUAGGAAGGAUAUCCGAAACCUGGAAGACAUCAGGAAGACCUUGCCGUCAGGCUGCUUCAAUACCCCGUCCAUUGAGAAGCCCUAGCAUCAUCCUCUGGGGCUGAAUGUAGUGAUUCCCCUCACCAGGGAGCAGUGGUGAGGCUGUCGAGUGCCUUAACACAGAUUACAUUUUUCAAGUACACCCACCCCCCCACCCCCCCCCCCCCCCCCCCGCUGCUCUCCACCUUUAGAACCAGGAAGAGUCACAAAGUUAAAGAGAAGCAAAGUAAACUCAUUAGUCAGAAACAAAAGGGUCUUAUUAAAGUAAGUCUUUCACUCUAGUCAUGCCCGCACCCAUAAUUCCCUCCUGUGGGGUGUGGGGGUGGGACCCCCUCCAUUACUGCAUGGGGGCAGGAACGUACCCUGGAGCUAUUUCAUGCUGUGCUGAGCAAGUAGCCCUUCCCUUCUCAGUAACACCAAUGGAACCUCCCCAGUCUCAGCACUCUUGUCUUUAUGAAGGGAAAGUUUGGCUACUGACAGUGGCAUCCCAAUGGCCAGUACAUCCUGUCCCCGGAUGCAGAAACUGUGUCCAUUACCUCUUGUUGCUCCUCCUUGUAAGCAAAAGGCAAUAAGCAUCCUGUGCCAGGUAUCAGCCAUUUAGAACAUCAAGAGCCAUCAAGAGUUCUGGCAUACAGGAUGUUGAAGCACCCCCCUCCCUCUACCCCACGGGUAAAGAUGCCUUAUGGAUGGAGGUCUCCAGAGAAGCAGGAGACAGCAUGAUCAGCCGGACAUGUUCCUGUAGACAAACCAUGGACUAGGAACAUCAGCUGGGCCAAGUCUCUGGGCAGCUGAAGAUUUCAACCUGGAUGGGCAGCUGGCACUCAACAACAAGCAUCUUUUGAUGAUUCCUAUUAAUGGAAUCGAUACCGAAGAAAUAGGGAUGUGAUAACCACUAAAGUUUUUUAUUUCCCCAAAUUAUCUGGUUCUUAGAUCUCUUAUAGUAUGUUUGUCUCUGGACUAGUGUUGUUAUAUGGCAGAGAACAGUUGGUUCCUCAAAUCUUGACAAACCUAACAAAACAAAUCUCUUCUAGCCAAGAAAGGGUAGAUGGAGCUUGUGUUGGUUACAGGACCCCAUAUGCCCAUUUUUUCUUCCACUGGGGAGAGAUGAAACAUUUGAUCCUUUCUGUUUUUUUUUUUUUUUUUCUGAUGUUUCCAUUUCCAAAGUCACCCAAACACAUUGUUUGCCAAAUCCUGGUGGCAAAUACUAGCACUCAGUAUUUUACCCAGCUGCCAUUACCAUCUAACUCCUGCACUUUGUGAUUUUUGAACCUACUCAAGACCUUCCCUCUAAGUGCAGAGGGAAAACCCUUCUAUGUAGUUUCUUAGCAAGCUUCUCAGCUUUUCAUCCUCAGCUCUGUGGUCUUCAUUUGAAAUCAGUGUGAUAAUUCUCUGCCACACUCCCUCUUCCUCCUACCCACCUGCCUUUGAGAUUCAUAUUUAGCCUUUAACACUAUGCAACUUUGUACUUUGCGUAGCGGGGGGAAAAGAAACUAUUAUCUGACACACUGGUGCUAUUAAUUAUUUCAAAUUUAUAUUUUUGUGUGAAUGUGUUUUUAUCAUGAUUAUAGAUAAGGAUUUUAUGUAAAUAGACUGGGUCCUAUUUCUAGAAUGGCAUUGUCUUCACUUCUUCACUCCUGUUCUCCCCAGCACACUGACUGCAUACCUCCUCCUUCCCAUCUGUAGUUCUGGGGUAGCCUUCUCCCAUGGCUCUGCGCUUGGCCUGAUGUUAGCAGUGUGACCACACUCAAGCAUCGAUACCAGCUCUCUGGAGCCCUGCGUGUAGCACAGUGCCUGUGUCCCGAAGCUCCAGAGUAGCAGCUUGACCAGAUGUGGUGCAAUGAGGGAAUCUUGCCAAAGGGUGGGUCUUCCAGGAAUGAGCUAGAAAUGACCUGACUGCCAUCACUUGGUCUGGACAGGUCCACUUAGAAGGGAGUGUAUGACCCUGAACUUGGAGGGCUCUGUGGAGAGGAGGCGUGGGAGAGAGCGCUAAGCCAGCUCUUCUUUGCCGCCUGCUGAUUAGCCAGGCCAGCUAUGCGUGCCUCACUCGGCUUUGAUUCAGCUGCUUCUCUCAGGCCCCUUCAGUUCUGCAGACAGGGCUCGUCCUUGCUGAGACUUUGUACUUGUGUUUCCUAACCAAGAGUCCACAUGUGAACAGAGAUGUUCCGAUCAGCAUUGGAGAAAAAGGACUGAGGCUAGAUAGCCAAGGGAGUUUCUAUCCAGUCUCUGGGUCAUACUGACACUAGCAAGUCUUAAGUCACAGUGACAUUUUGUUUUUUUAUUUUUCAGCUUUUCUCUUCCAUCUGCAUGGUAUAUUUUUAAACAGAAUUUUAUUUUCAAAAACAGCAGUUCUUAGUCUGGGAGAUAACUUACCCGAUAUGCCUUCCUGUGUGUAGGCCCUGGGUUCAAGUUCCUGUACCACAUAGCAGCAUAGCACCAGUGGAAGCUUCAUGGGCAGUGGAGCAGUGCUGUGGUCGCUCUCCCCUUCUAUCUGAAAUUUAGAAAUAAAGAUAAACUACAAUUUCCUAUAAGACAGUACUUUAAUCAUACCCCUGCAGUACAACCGUGAUUUGGUUGUAUGGUCUCAGUUACCUGUAUUUUACAUGAAGAAGCGGGCAGGGUAACUGCAGAAUGCUGGGUGUCACAGGAAAUAGACAGUUUUUAUGAAAUAUUUCCUUUGAAUUCAACUGUGGCCCUUCUAAAUGUGCCUUCACUGUAGCUGUUUGCCUUAACCUCUACAGUCUUGCUCUCCGGGGUGAGGAAUAAAAUGCAACACUUGGCAUUUUUUAUGUUAAAAAAGCAGUAUUUUAUUUAUAAUAAAAUCUGAAUAUUUGUAACCCUUCA